UGGCUGAAUGGUUUCCAUGGGCAGGUUGUUAUCAAUGUGUUACCAAGGUGAGUCAGGGAGGUCACGUGACUCCCAGAAUAACAUAGGCUGCCGUUUGCCUUUCUGUACAACACAGGCGUAUCACACACAGCAGGCUGAUGAUAGAUCAUUACAGGAAAUAGAAUAUGAAACAUACCUUUGUUAAAGUGUGUAAAAGCACCUGUAUCAACCUGUUGUUAAGGCUUGUGUUAAUCAGUAUUGCUGAAAGAAAAAAAAAAGGUGAAGACACAAUUUGCUCUGACAAAGUGCCAGCCUGGGUGGUUAAAUGACAUUUUAAGAACUUCAUCUGAAUAUCCCAUUGGACCUAAUGAGGUAUACAUCCUCUCCCCUGGAGCUGAAGUCCUAUCUCUGUGGGAACCGACUGAUAGCAGGUAGACUUUGCCCUGAAGGGGAACCAACGCUACAGGAAGGACGGCAGAGCUGCUUCCUGGCCGUCACAGCAGAGUUGAUGAAAAUAUCUGCUUACUUUUUGCGGAAUGGACAAGACUAAUGGCUGCAGCAAUGGUGGUUAUGAACCUCAUCCCCCUCCGUACAAUACUCAGGACUACGGACAGACCACUUACACAGGGAUGAGCUAUCAGGUGGGGAAUGGGAACGUUGCAGUGAUCUCCCCUCCUGGCACCUAUGAUAACACGGUCCAUCCUGGGGGCAUGGCAGCAGCUGGAGGCGACUAUCCAUAUGGUCGAGCUCCACCAGACUACUGUCACGGCUUAGAAGACAGCAGCUUCAGCGACGCUGCCGUACGAAGAGGCUUCAUAAGGAAAGUCUACUUGACUUUGAUGAUUCAGCUGCUGGUGACGGUCGGGAUCAUCUGUGCUUUUCUUUACUGGGAUGCUCUGAGGAAAUGGACAUGGGCCAACUACUGGUUCUCCUACACCAUGAUGGCGGCGGUGAUGGUGCUCAUCAUAGCCUUGUCCUGCUGUGGCAACCUCCGUCGUCAAGUCCCCCUCAAUUUCAUUGCCCUGGGCCUGUUUACUAUUGCAGAGGGCCUGAUGCUUGGAUCUGUGGCAGCGUACUUUGAUGCAGAUGCAGUUCUGUGGGCUGUGGGAGCAACAGCGCUGGUGUCCUUUGCUUUGACCCUGUUUGCUCUGCAGUCAAAGUGGGACUUCACCAGAUUAAAUGGGAGCCUGUGGGUGUUUGCCUGGACCCUCUUUUCAUUUGCAUUGCUGUGUGGAAUCCUCCGAUCGCAGUAUCUUUACAUCUUGUACGCCUGCCUGGGAACCUUGCUCUUUUCUUUGUAUUUGGUGUUUGAUACCCAGCUUAUCCUGGGUGGGAAACACAGGAAGUAUGAAGUCUCUCCCGAGGAGUAUGUGUUUGCUGCUCUCAACCUCUAUUUGGACAUUGUCACCCUGUUCCUCCUGUUGCUGCAGCUCAUUGGCCUGUGCCGCUAACAUUGAACCUUGUUGACAGGCCUCCCUAAAGAAACACUGAAACUCUAGUCAAGCACAUCAUGUAUUUAGGUUCACAUGGAAUGAAGAUUCACAGCCCUCUGUUAGUCCUCCAGACAUCUGCUGUCAUAUUUAAUUAGGCAGGGGUCUGUACAGGUUUGAUUGAUAGUCAUGUGUCAGGCUUUAUGUUGUUACGGCAAUGUGCUGUGUGCUACAUUUGGGACUUUUAAACUGCACCAGCAUGCAUUUCUACCCAGAACUUCCAUUUUAAUGUACUUAAUAUUUGUUUCUAUGAUUAUGUCACUUUUUAUUAUCAGUCUUCUGUAGGAAAAAACUGAAACUUUAAGGCAAAUAGAAAGUGCUUAAAAUCUAAUGUUCUCUCAGAAUGUAGAUACUGUAUCUCAAUGACUAAUUCAUUUAAAAAAAUAAAAACACAUACAAAUUAAAACUCAACACGUAGUUUAUUGGCAUCACACAUCAAACAUUUUUCAUAUAAAGAGGGAAUGUAUCAAGUAUAGACUAUGAAAGUGCAAAUAGCAUUUCAAGGAUUAGUUGCUUUACAAUAGAAAAUCUCAGCGAGUUACAAAAUGUUAUAUGCCAUUUUAAAAUAAAUCACUUGAUCAUUAGAGUGGAAAUACAAAGAUGGUACAAAUUCCAUUUAGACUUGUACCCAUUCCAUGCACAGCAUACUGUUAGCCAAAAAGUGUGAUCUCUUCUGUUAAACGCACUUCCAUUAACCAAAUCCAACAAAGUUAGCUCCACUAACCAUAUGGCACUCAGUUUCACAACUUCAAUCCACUGUUUAGAUUCAAUGUGGCUCUAUAACGGCGGGGGG